UUCAGUUGUUUGAUUAUUUGAGCUUAAUAUUCCCAUUUUAAUCGUUCAAAUGAUAUUUAACUUAUGUUUUGUCUAGAAACGUCAUCAGUUACUUCUGUACUGGGGAACUAAGAACUCGGUUCCUGGAUACAGUUUUUCAGAAAAUCAGAACAUUCCCAAACUAAAAUUGCUUCAGAACCACUGAACAUAAUCAUUUGGGACAGGGCAAGAAAUUUAGACUCCAAAGGUGGUCCAAGACGGCUGACGGCGUAAAGCCCUAGUUUUCUGCCCUGGGGAAGUGACCAUUAGCACGGAAGAAGGCUGGCGGGUUGGCGCGUGCCCCCUCAUCGCAAUCCUAUUGGCUUUGUUGCUGCCUUGCGCUCUUCUGAGGGGGCAAGAGCUUGGUAUAGCGCAGGAUAAACACUUGAGGAAGAGCAGCGACUCUUCUAGCUCGGACUUCACCAGAUCUUACCCUCAGCUUACAAGUGGUGCCAAAAUGCCCCUGCUCCGCUGGGUUCUGUAAGGAGACCCUGCCCCUCAGCGUUUGUUUGCGUCCGUUUGGGGCUGGGGUCUAUCCAGGGUCCUGAUCGCUACUAUGGGAACCUCGAGAAGCCUCCGCUUUACACGUUUUUCUGUGUGGCUCUAAGUGCGCUUAUAGUUCCUACGUCCCUUUCCCGACAGGAGAGGGAGUGCAGGAAAAUCAGCAUUGAAAGGGAACUAUGUGAUACUGGAGGAUGCCCCCCAAACUAAGGGGAAGUUCUUUAUGGCGCCCAAAGCCUGGAUUUCUACCUCCUACUGGGCUUCCCCAUUAGGAAGUCAUUUCCAGGACCACUGGCCAGAUGAGUGAUUCUAGAGCUGGCUCACAAGAUCACCUCAGUUUGCUCUUUGGUAGCCAGGGUGCUUUUUGCCCUCUUAUCUCUUGAAUAGGAGUAGCAAACGUCAGCCUAGAGCUGAAGUAACUAAUGCUGGGUAGAAUGGGGCCCUUGCUAAGAGAAAAAGAAAGCUGUGGAUACCUAGCAGGCAGGUUUGCCCAGGAUGUUGCGAAGGGAAAUCUUAGGGCUUUGAAGGCUCACGUAUUGACAAGGCUUAUACCUUGGACUGGUCUGGGUUUCUUGAUCAUUAGUACUAUUUUCAUCUCUCUUCCAGGAAGCUUGGGCAACCAUGUUCUCAGCUGUUUCCAGGGCUAAGAGUGAGGGAGACAAGUCUCCUUACUUGAGGGGGUGCAGUAUGUUCAGUGGGAAUGGAACCCAUUGAUGGGAUAGGCAUACUCUUCUCAGGAUGGAGGCAGCAAUCCAUGCUUGAGAAAGUCAGGAUUAGGGCUGUUAGGUCUGUACCUUCUGAGCCCCCUGUAGAAGGUGAUGGGUAGGGGGUAGGGACAUUGGCAGGGGGUCCUCUGGAGAUAGGCCUUAGCUUUCCUACAGCUGUUAGGACUGCAGGCUGCAGUGAGGUAGUUAUGAGCAUUCGCUAUAUAUUUUGGAGAAGGAAAAUAGGCCUUAGAUUAUGCCUCAAAUGUAGGAAGAGAAAAAUCAGUGAUUUCUGAGACUAGAGACAACCCCUUUAGCUGUCACUGUCCAAAGACUCAUUGGUUAACGAAUGGUCGGUAACCUAGCUGUCUGCCCAAAAAAUCAUUUAAUGUUUUACUUUUUGAGAGGUGGGGGCUCUCCUUGACACUGGGGAGUUUCUGGGAGGGGCAAAAUGAUGAGUGAACCUGUGUUAAUGAAUCCCGUAAGGAACUGCGUUUCCCAGGAAAUUCCUGGCAUUUUUAGCUCGUGAAUAUCCUAAAGCCUGCUUGAUUUUCUCCUCCAUUCUGGGUCCUUCCAGAGAGGAAGAAGAGUGGGCUAGUGGGCUGAAGGCUCGGCAGGGCCUGGUGCAUCUGCAGAGCUGGCCAGCAACCUAGACUGGGCUCAGCCCUAAGCAGAGUUGCCCCCCUUCCCCAAAUCUCGGAAGGAGGAGGGGGAGGUAGGCAGGCAGUCUGGGUCCCAAAGGGGGCUGGUGGAAGGUUUUUGGGUGAGUGGGGGGUUUCUUUUUGAUUGAUGUUUGGGGGGAAGGGCAUAGCCAACUGGAACAGGCAUUGCGGGCACCCCGGCCCUGGUGCGGCCGCCGUCCUCUGCUCAGCUCCCCCCGCCGAUCUCGCGAGAGUGGCUGACUGGCUGUGGGGGUUGCGGCGGCAGCAGGCGGAGCCGGGGAGGGAAAGCAGCGGCGGCUGAGGCGACUGAGGCGGCGGCGGGCGGAGCGGCAGCCGGCGGCGGCGAGGCGGCGGAGCGCAGCAUCAUGGCGGACCGAGACAGCGGCAGCGAGCAGGGUGGUGCGGCGCUGGGCUCGGGCGGCUCCCUGGGGCACGCGGGCUCAGGCUCGGGCUCCGGCGGGGGCGGUGGUGGCGGCGGGGGCGGCGGCGGCAGCGGCGGCGGCGGGGCCCCGGGGGGGCUGCAGCAUGAGACGCAGGAGCUGGCCUCCAAGCGGGUGGACAUCCAAAACAAGCGCUUCUACCUGGACGUGAAGCAGAACGCCAAGGGCCGCUUCCUGAAGAUCGCCGAGGUGGGCGCGGGCGGCAACAAGAGUCGCCUCACUCUCUCCAUGUCAGUGGCCGUGGAGUUCCGUGACUACCUGGGCGACUUCAUCGAGCACUACGCGCAGCUGGGCCCCAGCCAGCCGCCCGACCUGGCCCAGGCGCAGGACGAGCCGCGCCGGGCGCUCAAGAGUGAGUUCCUGGUGCGCGAGAACCGCAAGUACUACAUGGAUCUCAAGGAGAACCAGCGCGGCCGCUUCCUGCGCAUCCGCCAGACGGUCAAUCGGGGGCCCGGCCUGGGUUCCACGCAGGGCCAGACCAUUGCGCUGCCCGCACAAGGGCUCAUCGAGUUCCGCGACGCCCUGGCCAAGCUCAUCGACGACUACGGAGUGGAGGAGGAGCCGGCAGAGCUGCCCGAGGGCACCUCCUUGACUGUGGACAACAAGCGCUUCUUCUUCGAUGUGGGCUCCAACAAGUACGGUGUGUUUAUGCGAGUGAGCGAGGUGAAACCCACCUACCGCAACUCCAUCACCGUGCCCUACAAGGUGUGGGCCAAGUUCGGACACACCUUCUGCAAAUACUCGGAGGAGAUGAAGAAGAUUCAAGAGAAGCAGAGGGAGAAGCGAGCUGCCUGUGAGCAACUCCACCAGCAGCAACAGCAGCAGCAGGAGGAAACCACCGCUGCCACCCUGCUACUGCAGGGUGAGGAAGAAGGGGAAGAAGAUUGAUCAAACUGAAUGGAAAAAAACCCCACACACAUGCAUACACACACAUACAUACUCACACACAACUACACACACAGAAAAUAUACUGUAAAGAAAGAGAGAAAAUAAAAAGUAAAAAAAAAAAAAAAAACAAAACUUAACUCCAAGGGAGCACCACCCACAGAACCUCCACCAACUGACAGUUUCUCUUCUUGACUUGCCACCCAUCGCUGGAUGUUGUCCACUUUAUCCACCAUAUAAAACAGUAAGCAGCUGCUAAAACAAAAAAAAAAUACAAAAAGUAAUAACAUUAUAUGAACUGUGUUUCCUACUUGAUUAAAAAAUAUAAAGAACUGAGUGUUUAUUUCCCUAAUUAACCAAGAACUUUUGUACACGUUUAAGCUAUUAUUAUUAAAAGUGUUUGCAAAAUGGUCAAGAUUAUAAUAUUGCUGAAUUAUAUAAAAGUCCUUUUCAUGUUGAGCUAACAUUUGACUUUAGCACAAAAAAGAGAUAUUUUAGAACACGUAAAAUAAUAUUUUUAGUUUUUCUCAUUUUGUUACCAAAUUUCAAACCUUACAUGGAGGUUAUUAUAGUAUAUUUGACACCCUAUAUACCUGUGAUUAGAGAUGUGUAUAUAUAUAUGAGGGCUAGGCAUGCUGUGUGUCUGAGCUUUGUCUAAAUGUUAUGCAGAAGUUUGUAGAGUUAAAGGUACGUAGGUUUAAUUCAUGCAAGAUAAACAAUAAGUGCUCUCUUUUAUACAAUAUGCAUUGCAUCUGGACCUUAAACAUAAAAAUGGUCAGUGAAACUUCUGUGAACAUGAAGAAAUUAUUAAAAAAGGCAUUUAAAUGAAAUUUGCUAAGUUGUGAUUUUUAUGGUUGGAACCAAAGUUAUUCAAAUAGCAAAAGGAAAUAGAGAAAGAGAGAAAAAGGAAAUCUCCCAUAAUAUUUUUCUGCAUCUGUUUGCUUUGAGUAGUCAUUUUGUCACUGUGUAUAUGAGAUGUACUUGUAUUGUUCAUAAUAUAUUUUUUUCAUUAUGUGUAGAAAGAUUUUAAAAACUAAUGUGCAGCAAUUUCCAGUGAACCUGUACUUGGACAUCAGGUAGUGAGUCUAUUUGUGGUCACUAGCACUGUCUCCUAAACUUGUAAGAGGUCUGAAGCUAUCCUUUGGUUUUUGCCAGUGCUAUUAACUUAUGUAGACCUGUUAAAAAGCAGAGCAACACAAUUACAGUUAUCCUACUGAGCCAUGGAUUCUGAGUUUCCUUUUAAAAGAGAAAGCUAAGUUAAGUUGGUGUACGUAAAGGAUUUCCAUGUAGCUGUGGUGCUAGUUAUUACUGGCUACAUUAUAUGCUAAGUGUAUUUGUGUUCCCCAAGUGUACAAGCCUAUCAAAAGUAUGUUCUAUCAUUCAUAUAUUCAAGGUGUAGCGUAUGAAAAUGAAAAGCUUAGGAGAGCACUUUACCAAGCUGGUGUCCUCCAAACUGAAAUUGUUAGUAAUGAUAGUCUUUUACAGGUUUUCAUUUAAAAAUGUUUGUGUGCUUUUAAUUGACGACUAACUCCUUGCUGCUGUAUAGUAAAAUAUUAAUAUAUUUUUAUCAUUAAACUGCUGCAUGACUAUCAUCUUUGAGUGAAGAGAAAAUGUUAUAAAAAAGAUGCCUUAAACAGUACAUUUUGGUUUGGAAUUCUGUAGAAAGCAUUUUGUGUUUGUUUGUUUUUAAAAAGGACCUUGUCUGACAGAGAGAGUUGUGCGGAUAGAAUUGUUUCUUGGCAAAUUCAGACAUAUAGAUCUAACUGCUGUAUGUAGGAGACAUCACCUGUAGGAGCUGGAAGGUGUCAGUGCUUCUCAUAUUGUAAAGCAUUGGCCUAGGAAGGUGAAACAGUUGUCUUUUUGAAGGAUUUUUUUUUUCUGCUGGUUCUUUGGUUUUGAUUUGAUAUUUUUAAGCUCCCUGGUUGAGUGUGUUGUCUUUGUUUUUGAGAUCUACUGUAUGUGUUGAAUAACAAGCUAUUUCCAUUGUACUGUGCAUUUUCCCAUUAUAGUUCCCAUAGUUUGCUUUUACUAUUCAUACAAUGUUAAAUAUGAAGUGACCGUACAAUAGUUAGGAAUUUCUUUACUUACAAAAUCACUGGAAAUAGUUAAAUUGCUUUUCCCCUUUCCCCAAGGUGCAUUUUCUUAUUUCCACAUAGUAAAGUUGAGCUUUUACAGUGCAUAAUGUGACAUUUGGAAUGCUUAUUCAACUGCAUGUAAACAUUAAUAACCUGCACUUUUUUGUCUUAAGGUUUGUUGAGCUGUUUUGUUCACUGUACUUUAACUGUGAUAUGGAAAAGACUGCAUUAUCUGUGCUGUUACUAGUUAGGAAAGAGAAUUGCUUUGAUUUUGUCUCUUGUUUACUAUAGCUUCUUAAAGUUAAUCCUUGUACUACAGGUUGUUGGAGUACUCCUAGAUCAGUGUUUUAUAGUAGCCAGCAAUAAGUAGUGCAGGUCAACAAAAACACAGCAAACUUAGGCUAAGUGUCCUUUCUUUGAGAUGCGAGUUCUCUCAUGAGGUUUUCUUUAGGGUCUAAGUUACCUAAAAUGAAGCCUUUCUUACCUAUAGACUUCCGAUUCUGCUUGGAAUCCUACUGGAUCAAGAAGCACAGUUGUGCAGUUGUCUUUACACUAUAACAGUUAAACACAAUCUUACCAAGAUUUUGAAACCAUUGUCUGAUUUAUAGUCAGUGGGUUUUAAAAGAAAUCCACAUGCAGAUCUUGUAAGACUUAAGAGAUGAUCAUAGAAAAGACUAAGUGACUGUAAAGAUGCUCUUAUUUUGCAUCUCACUUUACCUCCCCAAGCACCCUCCCAAACCUUCCCUUCUCUCUCCUGUUUCAUCCCUCUCCCCCCUCCCUUUUCGCCUCCUGCUCCCCAGGUGCUCGGUACUUUACCAAGGUCUAUAUCUCAGUGUUUUAUGUUGGAGUUUUUCCUUGUUUUUAUUUUACUAGUUGGUAAACCCUGUUUGUGCUGAAAUAAAAAAGGAAAUGGUUGGUAUAUUUGACCAUAUGUGUUAUUCAUAGAAGACAGUAUGAUCAAAUGUGCCAAAAAUAAGCAAACAAAACUUAAUUCCUGACAAGUAUGCCUUAUUUUUUAUGAUCUGCUUUGUCUUAUAAUUAAGGUCCAAGAGUUUGGUUAAACUAUUAUUUGCCUAAGUAUACAAGAAAACUUGAAAUGCAUUGCAAUAUUGAUGUUCUUUAAAAUGAGAGACACUGUCAAGUAAUUUAAUCUAGAGAUCAGCCACCAGAUUUGAAAUGCCCAUAUAUGUGUGUGUGUGUGUGUUUGGUGUUGUUGUUUGUUUGUUUUUUCUUUUAAAUCACCAAAUCUUUUUUAAAGCUACUUUUUAUUUGUGCCUCCUAUUUGUCAUGCUGAUGUUAGAAGCGGCAGUCAUCCAGCCACAGAGGGAGCUAAAGUUAACUAACCAGAACUGUAGAAAUCAUUAUACAUGCCUUUGACAACAAAGGAAGUUUAUAAGAAAAGCCAUGUUGGCUUUUCCUCCACUAGAUACAGAUUGGAGAUAGAUGAAUAUUUGCCAAAUGGAAAAAACAACAAUGCAAGUUAGGAAAGACAGACUUUUCCAGCUUCUCAAAAGCCAUGGAGAGUAGAAACCAAAACCAAUAGGGAAAAUAAAAAACCUUGAAAGUCUCACUUUCUAGUUGUCCCAUGCAGGGGUUGAAAUUUGACUCAAAGUGGAAAAUAUAUAUCAGUGUGUUUUUUAGGUCUUCACAUCUGGAGAUGGAUAACUAUUCCAAAUUAUUUUUCAGGUAAUUGAGAAAGCUGCUAGUAAUUUUAACCCCUGCCUAAAGAAGACAGAUAAUUUUAUUUGGGAGCAAAUACUUAUUGCCUUGAAAAUAGCACUGUAAUAGCCUAUGAUAAUUAGUUGUAGAAUUACCUUUAUCCCUUUGAAACUAUGCAAAUUAUUAAACAAGUGUAAAUUAGGACUCAAUUAAAGAUAGUUGAUUAUAUUGCAAUCAGAUGGCAUUCACAAACUUAACUGGAGAAUAUACAAAUAAAAUCUAUUAGUCUAAGAGUUUUGUAUGCUAACAGAAAAAUAUAAUUUAGCUACCUAUUCUAAAAAUGGUGAAUAUUAUUAAUAUUGUAUAAUAGGACUGGGAAGACUGCCUCCUUUUUUGAAGAGAGAGAGAGAGAGAGAUUAAGGAUUUUUAUAAUUAUUUUUCAUCAAAUUUUAAUAUUUUUGUCAAAAUUUUAGGUAUUUAAUUUGUAAAACAGUUUGCUUUGUACUGGCAUACAGAAAAUAGGGUAUUGAUUUUAAACUUUUUGAAGCCAAGUGAUCAAGUACAUUUGUAAUAAAAGUCAAUGGAUCUAUAUCAGUUGUACUCACUGUUUUCAUUUCUUCUUAAUAUAGGAAUGCUGUACUUCCCUGCAGGAAAACUGAACUAAAUUUGGGUGGAAGGGAGGGGAAAAGAUAAGGUCAAUGAUAAUGAGAAUCUGGGUGGGUACUACUGGCCCAAGCAUUUUACAUAAUCUUUUAAGUCAGUUAAAAUUUGGUAUAUUAAAAAGAUGCCUAUGUCAAUUUUUUGUUCCUGUUUUGUUUUUUUUUAAUGGAAAUUGAUGUUUGUGGGGGUUAUCUCAUUUACUGUUUCUGUGCUUUAACAUUUUGCAUUUAGCACUGUUGAAACUUUCUAAACAUUCUUCUUUCAUGACAUUUUGAGAUAUCUACCGACCAUUGGUGACUGGAUCAUGGGCAUGAUUAUUUUUAUCUCCUUCGAAUGUUCACCCUCUCUUCUUCAUAUUCCCACUCAUUUUUUAAUAUUACUUACACACAUUCCAGAUGAUUUUAGAAUGGGGAUUUCUGAAAUUGUUGCUCUGGUGGCUUUCAUAGUUCCACAAUUCAUUUUAUUAUACAUGUGAACAUAUUUUUAAGAUUGCCCCCCAUAAAACACGAGAUAUCAAAUCUAAUGACUUUUUCCCCUUUUCAGAGUCUUUUCAAUAUCAUAAUGUGAUCCUGCUUUCUAAAUAGAAGGAUGCUAAAUCCAGGGGAUCUUUAGCAACUUAGGUUUGGAACAAUUGGUGAUAAUCCUGAGUAUAACAUUUAUAGUUGAUUUUCCCUAAAUUUGAAUAUCUUAAUAAUUUGGAGAUAUAUAUACUUCCCCAUGAGAGUGGAAUGAAUAGGAAGGAGAAUUUAUUGGAAUUGCUUAAGUGAAUAAAUUAACUAAAAUUGUUUGUACAAAGUUGUCUGUUAAAGUUUAUCCAUUUUUAAAUCAGACAUUGUAAUAUUUCUGGGGGUAUUUUCCGUUACAACUUAACUGAAUAUAGGCCAUUCAUAAUGAAGUACACUAUAAAACUAAAGUGACCACUGCUAUUAAAAUUACUGUUUUCAUCCAGCAGCAUUAGUUACUAUAGGGAAUUUACAAUGUGUUUUUUAAAACAGCUGAUUUUAAUAUUUGAAGUUAUUAAUCCUAAAACUUAACCUAAAUUCAAGGCCUAGGCCAUUUGACAGGCUCUUUUGGAACAUUAAUUAUCAUGGGCUAAGUGAAGAUCAUCUAAACUAGCAGUGGCAUGAGUCAGGUAGAAUUUCUAGAUGCAAGAACAACCAGAUGAAAAGUGAAGGAUGAUUGGUUUCAAGCCAACAGUUUGUCAUCUUUCAGCUGCUAAACUGAUGACCAAGUUUUGAUAUUGGAUGGUCUGGGCAAUGUAUGCCUUUAGGAAAGUUUGAGUGUGGCAAAAGUUAUGUGUUAUUCUUAAAGAGAAUUUCAUAGCUACUCAUUUAUUUUGUCUCCAUGUUACGUUUGGUAUUCAUUUUUUUUUUUCCUGAUGUGCUUUGCUUUUGUGGAAAAUUGUCUUGUUUGAAAGGUGGAAACAUGGUGGUGAUACUCUAUGUAAAAUAAAAUUACUCUUACAGACCAGAAAUAUUUUACUCAAUUUUGGAAUCACAAGAUUUUAGUGUUUUUAUGAAUGCAUACUUUGUUAAAAUGAUUAUUAGUAAUUUGCUUAUUAAAUUUUUGUAGCAUUUCAUGGGAAAAUUUUAAGCUAAAUGAUUUAAUUUUCUUGAUUUAGGAUGCACUUUAAUAAUUCAAAAGGCCUCCAAGUUCAAGGACCAAACCUUUAUGUUCUAAAAUCUUAAGAAACAUGGAAAUAUUCUUGUUAGCAUGUGUUUUGGUCUAACCUGGAUUAAUGUAGAAGGAUCCUAAGAGGACUUAAGAAAAGAUGUCCUUAUUGUAAACUGACAGUCAACGUAAUGAGAUAGGUGACUUAUGUAUUCACCUUGACUUAGUCAAACAAUGAUGGCAAUCAGCUAAUGAAUUAUUAGACACGUGUUGGGAGUGGGUCAAACUCGCAUUCAGCUGGAGUGGAUUUGACGGUUUCCAGUUCAGGUAGUUUGUUGGUGGCAUGUCACCUACCUCCCUGCCUUACACAUCUGGCAUUUUCUUUCACCCAUCUUCCUUUUUCCUUGUUUGUCUCUCCUUCAUUAUUCUUUUUGCCAUAGGCUUGCCAGUGGCAUUCAAGCUUACCCCAUUGAGAAGGAAGUAAAUAAAUUGCUGACUCCUGUCUUAGAACAUAGCUAAUUGACCCCAGGAAAAUUUUUGUAUUAUGAGGUAAUCAGGCAGUUUUUCUGACUGCUGUUUUCCCCAUAGUCUUAGUUGGUAGUUUGAAGGACAUCAAAAUUGUCAAGAAUUUUGUGAAUUAAGAAAUUUGUGAAUUGAAGAGAGUAAGAAGUAUGUGUAUUUUAGGUAAGUUACUGGGGCUGAGACUUACUGCUUUGGAAAUCUGAGAGCAGGAAGGAGAGAGUUGUUUGAUGUGCUUUUGUGAGUGUGAUAGGUAUAUCGGAAUGGUUUGGAGGUAAAGUGGGAGGAUUUUUAUUAGAGGUAGGAAAAGAUACUAAGGUGGAGUCUUAAAUGAGAGUUUUUUACUAAGGACAAUGAAGUUGAUCUUUGCUAAGGAAAUUUCAAUUGCCAGAGAAAAUGGGUCCCUUGUUGGUUAUGGGGAAGUUGUUGGUCUGUAGCUAGAUAUUAUAAUGAUGAUGCAUUAUACAGAUAUGUUUUUAGAUGUAGGAUUUUUGCUUUUCUGGACAAAUUACGUAGAACAAUUGUGGAAUGGCAACUUUUCUGGUCAAGGCAAGUUGGUCCCGCAGACUUAUUAUUUUAAGAACUUUUUCAGUUAUCCUAUGUAAUAAAAGGCUAAUAUGCAAAUUUUCCCUCAACCAGGAGUUUGACCAGGGGGUGGGGCCGGCUGGCUGGCCGGCCAACCGCCUGCAGCCCCUCCCCCUGCCAGCCCCACCCCCAAUACCCCCCCCUCCACCCUGAUGGAUCAGGAACGGGGCUGGCCAGCCAAUCUCCCGAAUCUCCUCCCCCGCCUGGCCCAAUCAGCCCUGAUUGGGCAGGCCGGCCAAACCCCACCUGUACACGAAUUCAUGCACCAGGCCUCUAGUAAUUUAUAAACUAUCAGGAAUAUAUAUCAUAUGUACUCUCUAUUCUCCUGGGCUCAUAUUAUAAGAUAACUUACCUUUACUUUUCAAAAUGGUCCUUAGGUCAAAAUCAUUUGACUUUUUUGCAGUCUACAAAGAUCUAUAUUAUACCUUGUUUUUAUAGCCUUUGGUCCACAUACAUUUCUUAGAAGACAACCAUAAGCCAGAUAAAAACACUAAAUUGCAAUAUUAGGCAUCUCUUCUAUUUCUUCUACAUUUGCAAUCCUAACAACCAUUUUAACAUUGUGAACCUUAUGAGACCCUCAGAAUACUACAUUUAUGAAAUCAGACAACAUACCACCACCCCCCAAACUCAAGUUUGUUUGUUUUCCCACUUUUUCUGUUACUUUAAAAUUGCAGAACUCCCAAGAGUUCAGUGGUGGAAGAUGUUAAUAAUAUAAUUUAGUACAUCUUGGAAGUUCUUAUGCCCUUUGUAGAGUGAAUUGAGCAUGUUUAGAUUUCUGUUCCCAAUAUCCCAGAAGUGUUUUAAAUUAUAUAAGAUAAAGAAUUGCUAUAAUACUUACUUUUAAAGUUACCUAAUUCAAGUAUAUUUGGAUUAACUCUUGUUUUUUAGUUCAGUAUGUACUUACUCUCAGUGAUUUUGACAGAUUAUUUUCAAGUUUCAUUUUACCCAAAUCUGUAUGUGUGAUAAAAUCUGUUUAAAGAUAGCUAAAAGAAAGGUGUUGAUUUUGUAUUUGGAAGGUAAUUUUUUGUUAAAUUCAUUAACAAUAGCAGAAUUGUUUUUAUUACUUAUUUUGUAGAAUUGACAGUUUGAUUUUCACAUUUCAUUGUGUGUCAGAUUUGAAAUUAUAAUACAGUUACAAGUCAGUCCAGAGCCUUCUUUAAUAGCUCCUACCCUUAGGAAUGUUGAAAAAGAAGUGAAUUCCCAAACCUGUGUCAAGAACCAGUGAUUUAAAUGUCUUUGGAAGGCUUCCUUGAGUCUAGUCAAUGGAGAUAAAUGAUAGCCCAUUUCCAUGCUGCAUUGUUGUUAGGGUUUAUAAAGUUGUCAAUAUGUAAAAGUGCAAAAGCGGGUAAAACUAUGUAAAAUUGCCUAUAAAUUUUCUAGUUUUCAUUAUUUGCACUAUUUACCUUUGCACUUGAUUUUUUGGAAGUUAAGACUAGUCACUUUCACUUUUGUUUCUAGUCUUUUCUAAUUUCUUACAGAGUUAUGUUUUUAAUAUCCCACCCAAAGCACGCUGAUAUGCAAUUAAAUAUGCUUUGUAAAUCUGAAAAAAACAUUUCUUAGUGUUAGCUAUGUGAAAAAAAAAUUGUUUUGAUGAAAUUUUUAAUAUGGACCUUUAUUUGCCAAUAAAAUCCUUUGUAAGUGUGAGCUUUAUUAAACUAUUUGAAUAGACAAAGUGAAAGCUUAGGAUAGAAAUAUAUAUAUAUAAUGAUGUUUUUGAGAUCCAACUUCCAGCCUGAGAUGGGUUGGUUUUGGAGUGAUUUGUAUUCACUGAAAUCAAUGAGAUUUGAGUCUAGCUGGGUAUUGGCUUAAAAAUCUGGAAGUGAAGUGGGUGGCAAGUGGCAGCUCCCUCUUUCAUGUAGUUUUCCAUAAUGCUCAUAGAGUUUUCUCAUGGUCAAUGUGAUAUAAGUGGUAUUGAAUAAUUAUAUUAAAUGAAUAUUCCUUUUUGGAAUUCAAAGUUGACUCACUUUUUGAGGGGGGCGUGGCAAGGGAUAAGAGACUUUAUUUUAACUAGAGGCAUUCUUAUAACGUAAAGAUGUGCUCUAGAAAGAAUAGGAGAACAAAAAAUAUACCUGUGAACAUAUAUUUUGUCUUAGUGAAAUUGUGCAACACAGGUAGGUUCAGAAUUGAAGGGGGGGAAAAAGGUUGAUAGUUUUGUCAAUAGUGUGAAAAUGUGUUUUGGCUAAAAUUAUUUUUGUAAGUUGUUUAAUUAUUUCAUUUUAUAUUCCCUUUCCCAUAGCCUUUUAAGCAAUUCAUACUUAAAAACAACAAGUAAGAGGCCUCUCUUCAGAUCUGAUUUAUUUUUGGAAUGCCAGAGUGUGUUUCUAGAUUGGGGGGAGCUGGGAGUAAUGUUUUAAUUCUUGACAUCCUCUUCUCGGCAUGUCUUGCUAGUCAUUCUGGAUCUUACUGUUUGCAAAUUGUGUUGAGAAUUCAGUGGUAUGUUUGAAAAGAGAAAGUCCUCUAUGACAUAGUGUGAACGUUUGUGGCUGGAGCCUUGUAGCUUUGUUUUUAAUUUGAGUAGAAAGUUAAAUUUCCAUUGUUCAGAUUUUAGGCUUAUGUAGUGGGAUUGUGCCUGGUAGUUGUCUAAAUAUGGACCAAUUUGGGGACACUAAGGUUGACAAAUGUGUAUCUGACUCCAAAUAAUCCUUUACUCAAAACUAUAAGGCUUGCAUCAUUAGAGUUCUCUUAAGUUUUAUGUUGUCAAAUCUUUAACUGUGGAUGAUGAUCAGCAUUAUGUCUAUGAAUUUCCUUUGGGAAAAGAGAAAAAUUCAGUCUCCAAACUUUUUCUUAGAGACUAAAUUUACCCUAUAUGGAAAAUGAAAAAUAUUUUAGAAAGUGGCUUUGAUUAUUUUUAUGGAGUUUAAUCAGCUUAAUUAAUUAUUUUUCCUAGUUUGAAGCACUAUUUUGCAAAUGUGAAUAAAAGGAAAAGAUCAGCAAUUUGCCCCCCCCCCCUUAGGCUCUUUUUAGUUUUCUGCCCCCAUUUCCCAAUCCUGAUAUAAGAUGAAUUACGGGUAUCCCUCUAAGUACCUAUAACCCCUUUUUGGGGUUACAGAUUCCUUUGAUAAUCUGAUGAAAGUGAUGGACCCUCUCCCCAGAAAAAAAUGCACAUAGGUAAUUUUGCAGAUAACCUCAGGUGCAUCACAUAUCUUCUGAAACCCAAGUUAAAAGAUCUCGGCUCUAGAUAACUCUAUAAAGAAUAUUUUAAUUCAGUUGAUAAAAUUAAUAACUAGCUAUUGGCUUAAAACAUUUCUGGAAUUGCUGUUAGAUGGUGGCCCCGAUUAGUGAAAUAUGACAUUGUAACCAGCUUUGUUAGAUAUUACAACAUCCAGACAGAAGGAAGAAAGCAAAGUUCUGAGAGCUAUUUAUAAGGAGUCAGGGCAUCUCUAGACAUGGGAGCCAUUUCUGGUUCAAGGCAGGGGUCAGAGUGCCUGAUAGCUUCUAGCAGGGUAGAGUUUGAUAAACCACAAUGCUCAGGAUGCCAAGGGGUUAGCCAUUAUCUUAACCCCUUCCUCACCAAAAGAUUUUAGUUUUGUCCAUUGGGAAACAAGAUGUCACUAGGAAAAAAAGAUUUGCCUUACAACUUUGCUGGAACACAUCAGUUUGGUGAUAUGUGGGACACCAGUAUUAUUUUUGAGAAGGUGCAUAAAACCAAAGUAAAUUAUUCUCUGUGUAGAACAUUAUUUAUUAGUAACAUUUCUUUGGAUGUAUUCACUUUGACAAUUUUUACCAGUAAAUAUUGGUUUUAUUUAAAACUUGGAAUCCAGUUUAUAAAUAGGAUAGUUGAUAUAUCUGUCCUUUCCCCCAUGUAAAGAAUAGUUUAAAGAUUUAUGCAUACUUUUUACAUUUCUCUCUUGAUGCCAUGAAAUGGGGUGGGUGGCGGGGUGGAGAUCUUUGAGUCAACAACUGACAAGAUGUCUUCUCCAAAUUUAAAAAUUGAGAAGCAGCACUUUAAGUCUGACUCUACACCAUUUUAGUGCAUGUAUUAGUUUUAAUAAUGAUUUUUGGUGCAUGCCUUUGGGCUUAUUCAAAAGUGUACAAUAGGAAAGUAUAUUUCCUUUCUUAGAAAGGAGAUGUUUUUCUACUUUGCAACAUGUGAUUACAAAAAUCUUCCUCUGUGGGAAGAUUAACCAUGUAUUGAACUACUGAGAAGUAUAUAUUUUUAGAUAUACAGAAGGAAUCUACAUGGAGCAGCAUUCAGACCUAUAUAGAAGUCAUAGCAUUCUGUAUAGGACCAAAAAGGAAAUAACAUUAAACACUUAAACAGAUUUUGUUGGGUAGAAAUACCUUUAGAUCUUGCAUUGACUUACAAAAAGAAAAUGCCACAGAAGUUUGCUGAAAACUUUUGUUGUUUGAAUUUUCUCUGUCAGUGUAUUUAACCCAAAUACAACAGUUUUGGGUUUACACAUACAUUAAGAAUCAAUAAAUCAAAGCUAACUAAAUAGAUCAGUCUGGUUUGCCAAUCCAGCUUGACUGAAAUAAGUAAACUAAUCACUUGCAACAUGAAAAACUGUCCAACUCCUAAGGUUUUGACAAAAUAACCUUGGCUGAUGUGGGGAGAUUCCCACUUUGAUUUCUGACCUGACAGUGAAGAUUCAUACUUCACCUGAUUUCAAACCUGACCAUGUCUGUUUAAGGAGCUAUGGUACAGUUUGCUAAUUCAAUCUCAGAUACCUGUUGAUUACCUGUAAGAUCUAGAGUCCAAAGUAGCCAGCAGCUGUAUCCCUGAGUGCUCUGUGCCCAUCAGAUGUCUUAAAGUAAGCAGGGUUGGGACAAGUCACAGCUCAGAUGAGUGCUCUCAGGUGCUGUGGACAGCCCCAGCUUCAAGAAUGGUAACUGCUUUCUUGGGAGUCAUCACUGAAAUAAUGUCCCACAUGGUGUUACUUACUAUAGUUGCUCUCUCUUCGAGGAGGCCCAGAGCACACAUUCUAAUAGCUUGUGGUACUCAGAGAGGGGGUGCUAACUCUGAUGCCCUGGCAAAAUUCCAGUUUAGGGAUGUGGGUCUUCUUGCCAUUCUAAUUGGAAAUAUGCAUUGCUUUCCAUUUUCCCUGUUGGUCUCAAUGCAAACCAACCUAGUCUGUUUCUUUGCCCCAGUCCCAAGUCGCUUAAGAUGCUGGUGUGUAAUAUAUGGGCCAAGUUCUUAUCUUAUCCCAAUUGUACAAGAGUUAAGGAUUGAUUGAGCGCAGUGUCAGAGUGCCCUGUAACUGGAGGGUAAACUCUUGUAAUACUUCGGCGAUAAAAUUGGCCCUCUUUUAAUAUAAGUUGGGGAGUGUGCACUGGCCAGAGGCUUCUAUCCAUGAGGUGUGACCUAAAACCUAUUUUCCCUCUUUUCUUAUAGCAUUUUGAGAAAAUCUGUUGGGUUUUCAGUAGUCAGGGAAGGCCGGAGUUCUGCAGCUUUAAUCUAGGUAACUGAGGCUGGUUUGAGCAAGACUUUGGUUAAUUAACUACAUUCUCAGAUGCCACAGACUCCGUGAAAAGUCACCAUUAUUUUCAAUGGUUGUGAUAGAAUUUCCCCCAGUAGCCAUUAUUUUAAGAUUAUAUUACAGAGUUUCUUUAUUUGAGCUUUUUGUGUAUACACAAUCCCAAACUGGAAGAAAUUUAAAAAAAAAAAAAGGAAUCCUGCUGUGAAAGGUAUAUAUUACUCUAGAUUUUUCUUACUGUAAAUAUUGUAAGAUUGUAAUACUGUCGAUAUUUUAUUAACCAACAAAUGUUAAUCUAUGUGAAUUCAGACUUAUUUUAAAUGUGCUUCUUAUUUUACUGUGUGUGGUUCUUGUUGCUGACAGUAUUAAGUUAUAUUCUGAUGUAAGAUUAACUUUAUUAAAGAAUGUAAACAUUAAUGUUUCCUUAUGGGAAAACAAAUAAAGUAUAAAGAAGACAAUUCUUUUCAGUAAAAUAUACUAUGUAUUUACACUUGCUAGACCCAGCACCACUUAUAAAUUUAGUACAUUGUUCAGAAUUUUAGUUAACACAGCUGACAUGGUUGUGCUCUGUUUGAAAGUCUAAAAGUAGGUAUUGUUGGAAUAUAAACAGUUUGUUUUUGUCUGCUGUGAAUCAUCUUGAAAUUUCUAAUCAAGUUUGUAAAAUUUUUAUAGUAAAGCAUUUUAAUGACAAUUUAAAAAUUUAUCUUCUCUAAAGAAUGGUCAAAGUGAUAUCCUUUCAGAAAUAGAAUUGUUCUUUAAUAUCUUUCCAAAAUGACUUUGGUUAAAUGGACCAGAUGUGUAUCAGUUAAAUUUUAGGACAAAGUUGUGAUAUUCUUUGAGUUUACAAGUUAAUCCUUAUUGGAGAUGUGCCAAUUACAUAGUAGAAUAUCAUUAAUUUGUACUGUUUGGGGACCCCAUUAAGAAUGCUGAAAUUUGCCAACUAAGAAGUAAGCAAAUGCAAUUUAAAAAGUAAAUUUGAGCAUUCUGUAUUAAAUAUGUGUAGUUAUUAUCAUAUGAAGAAGCACUGUGUGUCAGGCUGUAAUAUAAACCAUACUUGCUGUCAUGUUCUCCCAUCUCAGUGCUGGGAACUCACCAUGUGGAAACCAAGCAAAUGUGUUGUGCAUCAGCCGGCUUGAGUUUGUUCAAUAUCAAAGCUGAAACUAGCGAGGUCUGCUGUACUGCUUAUUGAAGUAUUGUGAUUCUUUUAGGCAUUGAUUCUUACAAAAUAUAUACUGUAACAGUAUACUUUGUACAGAUUUAAAUUUUAUUUGAAAAAAAUGAAAUAAAGUAGGCAAAAAAUAAA